UGCUUGCAAAAGAUAAUACCGGUAUAACCUCUCUCUGAGUAAAAUUAAUUGAAAUCGGCUUACAUUGAAAGAUAUAAAUGUCAAAAGAAAUUGUUAUAGAAUUCAAAGCCAACUUUAAAUACAAUUCAUUCGCAUCUCUAAUCGAAGUUGUAGAAUUAUCAACACUGGUGCUUUGUUUUUGUGUGUCAUUGUUACAACAAAAACGAAAAGGCAAAAAGGGACUCAAGGUCUGAAACUUUUAAUUUUCUUUUUAAAUUCAAAACGUCCGAUUGAAAAAAAAAAAUGACUGAUAUCCAGACCUUGGUAGACAUGGGAUUCCCUCAGGAGCGCGUGGAAUAUGCAUUAAAGGUGACCAACCAUAAGGGUGUUGAGCCGGCCAUGGAAUGGCUAUUGGCCCAUGUAGACGAGGAGAUACCGGAGACAAAACGUGAGGAGGCAGGCGAAGGUGCAGCAACUGGAGGAGAUGAUCCUGGCAGCUCGAGCAGUGCUGGCGGUGGAGGCGCUGGGGCUUCAGCUCCUCCUGAGGGUGAAUCCGUUGCCAAAUCAGUGGUAUGCGAUGAUUGUGGCAAAGUCCUGAAGGAUCACACAGAAGUUGAAUAUCAUGCAGCCAAAACAGGUCACAACAAUUUCUCUGAAUCCACUGAGGAGAAAAAGGCUCUCACCGAGGAAGAGAAGAAGGCACAAUUAGCUAUUAUCGAGGAGAAGCUUAAACAGAAACGCAUAGAGCGAGAGGAGCGCGAAAAAGCUGAAGCCUUGGAACGUGAAAGGAAUCGUAUUCGUUCGGGCAAGGACAUGACUGAGGCGCGUCGUCGCAUGGAGGAAAUCGAAAUGAAAAAGAUUGUCGAUCAACGUAAACGCGAAAAGGAAGAGGAGAAGGCAGCACGCGAUCGUGUCAGGGCACAAAUCGAGGCCGACAAGGCCGCUCGUAAAGCUCGCGAGCAAAAGGAUAAUCCCACUGUCCCCAAUUCUUCGUCAGUUAGCUCCACUACACCACCAGCGGCUGCUGCCGUUUCACCCACUGCGGUUAAAUCUCCACCACGAGAUUAUACCGAAACCCGCAUACAAGUUCGUCUUCAUGAUGGCACAACACUAACCGAAACCUUUAAUGUCAAGGAGCAAUUAUCGGCUGUUCGUGUCUUUAUCCAAGUGUCAACUGGCAUUGAUUCCCCAUUCGCUCUAAUGACCACAUUUCCCCGUAAAAUUUUUGCCGAUGAUGAUUAUGAGAAGCCACUAGAGGUCCUUGGCUUGGUUCCAUCCGCUGUCAUUAUAAUGACAAAGUCAUCAGCUUAAACAAGACAAUGAGAGCGUUAGAAGAGGCUGAUUCAUCAUCUGAAGAAAAAACAAAACACUUUUAUACUAAUGACAUACAGAAUAAUAAUAAUUAUAAAUAAAUAAAUAUAUAUAUUUAUUUAAAAUGAUAUUCCCAUCAAAAAUAAACAUGAAAUAAAAUUAAUGAUAUGAAAAUAUAACAUUUAAUGUACGAUUUUAUAUGCUUAAAGAAAUUAAAGAGUAAUUCUAAAUAAUCCAAAA